UUUAUGUUCACGUGUACUGCGUGUGAUAUAAUGGAUACUAUGGCCGGCCUAAUUGAUUCCAAUAUUCUAUACGAAAUUUUUGCAAAAAUACAACACUGCUUAGAACCAUAGAAGGGGAAGUAAUGACAUUCGCAUUGAAACCAUUUGGAUUUGUGUUCCUGAACGAUUAACGUUAGUUCUUCGUUUUUGCAAUUCAAGCCUUUAUUCAGUAAAUUUGUUCACGUAAAUCUUUUGAUUCUUAAGUUGAGGUUGAAUUCUAUUUGUACAAAUAUUAAGAUGUCACCGAAGAGUGGAAAACGUGGAAAGCGUGGUUAUUCCAAAAAAAACGCAACGUGCGGUACAUCUUUUAAACUAGGCGAAUUCAUUUUCGCGAAAGUUCGGGGAUUUCCUUAUUGGCCAGCAAAAAUUUUUCGUAUAUUAACACAACGUACAGUAAAAUUCCGUGUUUAUUUUUAUGGAACGGAUCAAAUAGCGGACUUAGGUUCAGGUUCCAUUAAGUAUUACUCAGAAGAAACAAAACAAAAGUGCAUAACUAAGCGCCUACUAAAAAAUAAGAAAUUUGUUAAAGCUUUAUCGGAAAUAGAAAAUGCCAUGAUAGAUGAAGCCAGCGAUAUAGCACCCAAUGCAUUACGCUAUUUAGUAAAUGAAAAUGGUAAAGAAGAGAGCCAUUCCGUUGUAACAGAAACAAAAGAAUUAUUAACAAAUGAUAAAGAAAUUGACGCAGUUAUGGGAGUUAAUUCUAUUCAUCCAUCGUAUUCUGAUUUGGAGGGCAGUAACGACAGUGAUAACACUAAAUAUGCUUUCAGUAUGAAAUCUGGUACUCUUUGUCCGCAUAUUUGUGCAUCUUCAGAUGAUGAUGGAAACAAGAUUUAUGCUAAUAUUAAUCAGAGCGAAAGACCAGAUGAAAGAUAUCAAUUAAAAGAUACAGACUCUUUAGUUCAGAAAUCAGACAAUAUUAACGGAUGCUAUAGCGUGUUUACUUUAUAAAAUCAUAAAAGACAUCACAGAAUUAUUGCCUAUACUGGAACGACUUCUAAAAUUUUGGAGUAUUUUCUAGUAAUAAGUUUAUAUAUAAGUUUAGUUUAAGUAUAAAAAACUUAAUUCAUGUACAAUACAUGUAUACACAUUUCGAUAAGCGUUGGAUGCUAUAUCCAGCGUUGAAGCGUUGACUUGGGCUGCGAUUGAUAGGUUACAGUUCCUGAAAACUAUAUAUAUAUAUAUAUAUAUAUAUAUAUAUAUGUCUAUUUGGUCUUUCGCUCUGAUUAAUAUUCGCAUAAACCUUAUUUCCAUCAUCAUUCGAAGAUGCACAAAUAUGCGUUCAUUUGCUUAUAGUUCUUUUGUUUCUGUUACAACGGAAUGGCUCUCUUCUUAUAUACUAAAUAGCGUAAUGCAUUGGGUGCUAUAUCGCUAGCUUCAUCUAUCAUGGCAUUUUCUAUUUUGGAUAAAGCUUUAACAAAUUUCUUAUUUUUUAAUAGGCGCUUAGUUAUGCACUUUUGUUUUGUUUCCUCUGAGUAAUACUUAAUGGAACCUGAACCUAAGUCGGCCAUUUGAUCCGUUCCAUAAAAGUAAACACGGAAUUUUGCAGUACGUUGUGGUAAUAUUCGAAAAAUUUUUGCCGGCCAAUAAGAAAAUCCCCGAACUUUCGCGAAAAUGAAUUCGCCUAGUUUAAAAGAUGUACCGCACGUUGCGUUUUUUUUGGA